AUUGUUAAUCGCAGAUUUGCGUCGCGAGGAAAUGGAGUUACAGGGGGGGCAUAAAGCGAAGUUUGAUGUACCAGUUCCAGUUACCCGUUUCUUCGUCUUUCCUUCCCAUAAUCGGCAAGCCAAUCCUUCUAUGUUCUUGGGAGGCGAUCUUCUCCGUCAGUUGAUUUUCCGCUUCAUAAUCUGAAACUUGACUGGAAACGCUUUACAAUCGCUACAAUUUGUGAGCUCUAUACCACAGGCGUCUCUGGAAAUGGACAACACCGGAAAUCCUCAGGGCAUUCUCGUGCCCCCAGUUGAGGGCGUUGCAGGAGGAGGAACUGCUUAUGGUUGGAAUGAUGGCAGCAUACACACAUCAACUCUCCCUAAAAGAUCUAUUGAUCCCACAGAAGUUCCUACAGCAGAUCUAGUCGAUGUGUGGUGCAUGCCAAGCACGGCAAAUGUUGGACCUCAGGAAAUGCCUAGGCGUUUAGAAACUAUAAAUCUUUUGGCAGCUAGAAAUGAGAGGGAAAGUGUUCAAAUUGCUAUUCGUCCAAAAAUAUCUUGGGGCGCUUCUGCCAUGGCUGGAAUUGUUCAGAUUUCUUCUGGUGAUUUAUGCUCCACAUCUGGCGAUCGGUUAGUUGUUGGACAAUCAUUGAGGUUGCGGCGUGUGGUCCCCAUAUUAGGUGUUCCAGAUGCCCUUGUCCCACUUGAUCUUCCAGUUAGUCAAAUAAACCUUCUUCCAGGAGAAACUACUACAGUUUGGGUUUCGAUUGAUGUCCCAAAUAUGCAACCCCCAGGUCAAUAUGAGGGAGAAAUCAUCAUUUCUGCUAUAAAAACAGAUGCAGAAUCUUCAACACAGUACCUUGGCAGAGCUGAGAAGCAUGAAAUAUACAAGGAACUUAAGAGCUGUCUGGAUAUUAUGGAAACUGCCGCUGAGAAGCCAUUGGAUGAAGUGGUAGAAACAGUGAAAUCUGCAACUGCUUCUUUAAAAAGAGUUAUUCUCUCCCCAUCAUUUUCUGAAUUUUAUUCUGAGAAUGGUUCAAUUGAUGUGAUGGAUGAAGAUGCCUUUUCAAACCUUUCAGUACGUGUGAAGAUAAUGUUGACGGUUUGGGACUUCACAAUACCUGCUACUCCUUCACUUCCUGCCGUAAUUGGUGUAUCCGAUACUGUAAUCGAAGAUCGUUUUGGCGUUGAACAUGGUACUGAUGAGUGGUUUGAGGCAUUGGAUGAACAUUUUAAAUGGCUUCUUCAAUAUAGAAUCAGUCCUUAUUUCUGCAGAUGGGGUGAUGGCAUGCGUGUUUUAACUUACACCUGCCCCUGGCCAGCUGAUCAUCCGAAGUCAGAUGAAUAUUUUUCGGACCCACGACUAUCAGCUUAUGCUGUACCAUAUAGAGCAGUCUUUGGUGGUGAUGCGGCAAAAGAUUACUUGCAAAGAGAAGUUGAGAUAUUGAGGACAAAGACGCACUGGAAGAAAGCUUAUUUUUACCUGUGGGACGAGCCAUUGAAUAUGGAACAUUUUGAUUCUGUUCGCAGUAUGUCUAGUGAGAUUCGUGCUUAUGCUCCUGAUGCUCGUGUAUUGACAACAUACUAUUGUGGACCCAGUGAUGCGCCUCUUGCACCCACUACGUUUGAAGCAUUUGUGAAGGUUCCAAGUUUCUUGCGCCCACAUACUCAAAUUUAUUGCACAAGUGAAUGGGUGCUUGGCAAUCGAGAGGAUCUGGUCAAGGAUAUAGUUGCUGAAUUACAACCAGAGAACGGUGAGGAAUGGUGGACAUAUGUGUGCAUGGGACCAGGUGAUCCCCAUCCAAAUUGGCACCUCGGGAUGCGAGGUACGCAACAUCGUGCGGUGAUGUGGCGUGUAUGGAAAGAAGGCGGAACUGGAUUUCUUUAUUGGGGUGCAAACUGUUAUGAGAAGGCAACAGUUCCGAGUGCAGAGAUAAGAUUCAGGCGAGGCCUUCCUCCUGGAGAUGGAGUGCUUUUCUACCCUGGGGAGGUUUUCUCAUCUUCACAUCAGCCAGUUGCUUCAGUAAGACUCGAGCGUCUUCUUAGUGGAUUGCAGGACAUUGAAUACCUGAAGCUUUAUGCAUCAAGAUAUGGUAGGGACGAGGGGGUUGCUCUUUUGGAGAAGUCUGGAGUCUAUCAAGGACCUGAGCGAUACACUCACGAUCACUUGCCAGUUGAUGUAAUGCGGGGUGAAGUUUUCAACUUAUGUCGAUCAUAAUACGACUGCCUGCUAAAAUACAGUGGAAAUUGUAGAUUUCCCAACCGACGUGGAGCAGGUUUGAGAGUCCUCAGUUGAGGACAGGUCAAAUACUCAGAUGUGAGAUCCUUGACACGUUUGGAUCUGACUUGAAUAUUUCCUUUUGGAAGCCCUUUUUGAAGUGAGGUAACUUUCUCGGUUAUUGUACAAUGUCUGCUAUGUUAUUUCUUUCCCAAGUAGCAGUUGAUAUUGAACAACCCUGUGCAAAGAACAUGCGUAUUAAAUAUUAUAGAUUCAGUCAGUAGUAACCCACACUAUCGUGCAUGAUGAUGAAGUUAUGGUGUUUUUUGC